CUCUUGUUGAUGUGCUGUGGACACUACUUCGAUAACAGAGAAUUUUAUCAAACUUGUGUGAUAAUUGACAUGUUAAAUAAACAAGAAUUAUUAUUACCAAAUUUUGAUUAAUUUCUAGGUGCGCAAUAUCGAUAGUCGUAGUCAAUGGCUAGAAUUAAAAACGUUUUUAGAUUAUUCUCCAGGAUGCAGCCACUCUCAGACUUAUCGUACAUAGACGUCAAGAACGCCUCAAACCCAGCUAACUUACUUCACGAAUGGGUCGAAGAAGCACGAAGCUGCGGCAAACCACCAUUCGUUAUGACUUUAGCCACCGCUACGAAGAACGGUGAAGUCAGCAGCAGGAGCGUCGUCAUCAGAGAAAUAACCCCCGAUGGAUAUUUAACUUUCACGACUCAAACCCACAGCGAAAAGAAACGCAACAUUACGGAAAACCCCAACGUGGCUGCCACUAUUUUAAUGAAUUAUGACAACAAUAACACGAAUGUCGUCAGACAGAUAAAUUUUGUCGGGAUGGCACAAACCCUUCCUCACGAAAAAUGCAAAGCUUACUUUGACACUCAUAAGCUCCCGGCCAAAAUCCGGUCCUGGAUUGCCCAAGAGGGUACAGCCGUUGACUGGAACGAAUUAAAAGUCAGGCACGACGAGGUACUAAAGGAAGUGGUGGAAGACGGAAAGGUGCUCGAAAUGCCAGACAGCGUGGUUGGCUACAAAAUUGUCCCGCGGAAAGUGGAUUUUUACUACUGCUUGCCGGACAAAAUCGGGGACAGAGUUGUGUUCCAGCGGGACGAAACCGGGCGAUGGAAGUACGAAAGAGUGAUGCCUUAAUUGCUAAAACAAAACUCAAGAUAGUUUUAUAUUUUUAAAAAAUAUGUAACUAAUCAGUUUGUGGUAUUGGAAUAAAAAAAAAUUGGUCUAAAGA